CCCCUCCCCGCCCCCAAGCCUCUCACCCGCGGCAGGCCGGUGUGAGGCCCCCUCCGGAAGGUGAGCGGGAUGGAUUGGAUUCCGGCGGGCAACGCGGGUGUCUCGAAGUGGUGCUAAUGGGAAGAGGUUUCUGCUCUCCAAAGAAGAUGCGCUGCCACAAAGAGCGGCUUGCGCGCCGGCCUGGGCUCUAGCCCGGGAGAUAUCCCGGGAGAACUCCGAGCUCGGAGCGCUCGGCUAAGACCCGGGCAACAUGCCUGUUCGCAGGGGGCAUGUGGCACCGCAAAACACCUUCCUGGGGACCAUCAUACGGAAAUUUGAAGGACAGAAUAAAAAAUUUAUCAUUGCAAAUGCCAGAGUGCAGAACUGUGCCAUCAUCUACUGCAAUGACGGGUUCUGUGAGAUGACUGGUUUCUCCAGGCCAGAUGUCAUGCAGAAGCCAUGCACCUGCGACUUUCUCCAUGGGCCUGAGACCAAGAGGCAUGAUAUUGCCCAAAUUGCCCAGGCGUUGCUGGGGUCAGAGGAGAGGAAAGUGGAGGUCACCUACUAUCAUAAAAAUGGUUCCACUUUCAUUUGUAACACUCACAUCAUCCCAGUGAAGAACCAAGAGGGUGUGGCCAUGAUGUUCAUCAUUAAUUUUGAGUAUGUGACAGAUGAAGAUAGUGCUGCCUCCCCAGAGAGGGUAAACCCAAUAUUACCAGUCAAAUCUGUAAACCGGAAACUCUUUGGGUUCAAAUUUCCUGGUCUAAGAGUUCUAACAUACAGAAAGCAGUCAUUGCCACAGGAAGACCCGGAUGUGGUAGUCAUUGAUUCAUCUAAACACAGCGAUGACUCUGUGGCCAUGAAACACUUUAAGUCUCCCACGAAAGAAAGUUGCAGUCCCUCUGAAGCAGACGAUACAAAAGCCUUGAUACAGCCUAGCCAGUGUUCUCCCUUAGUGAACAUAUCCGGACCUCUGGACCAUUCCUCUCCCAAGAGGCAAUGGGACCGCCUCUACCCUGACAGGCUGCAGUCAAGUUCCCAACUAACACACUCCAGAUCACGGGAAAGCCUCUGCAGCAUAAGGAGAGCAUCUUCAGUUCAUGAUAUAGAAGGCUUCAGUGUCCACCCCAAGAACAUAUUUAGAGAUCGACAUGCCAGUGAAGACAAUGGUCGCAAUGUCAAAGUUUCACGUUCCUGGAUGGCAGGGGGGCCUUUUAAUCAUAUCAAGUCCAGUCUGCUGGGGUCCACGUCGGAUUCAAACCUCAACAAAUACAGUACCAUCAACAAGAUUCCUCAGCUCACUCUGAACUUUUCAGAUGUCAAAACUGAAAAAAAGAAUACAUCCCCUCCUUCUUCAGAUAAAACUAUUAUUGCACCCAAGGUCAAAGAACGAACACACAACGUGACGGAGAAAGUGACCCAGGUUCUUUCUUUGGGAGCAGAUGUCUUGCCAGAAUACAAGCUGCAGACGCCACGCAUCAACAAAUUUACAAUACUGCACUACAGCCCUUUCAAAGCAGUCUGGGAUUGGCUUAUUUUGCUAUUAGUCAUUUACACUGCUAUAUUCACCCCCUAUUCUGCAGCCUUUCUGCUCAACGACAGAGAAGAACAGAAAAGGCGAGAAUGUGGCUAUUCCUGUAGCCCUUUGAAUGUGGUAGACUUGAUUGUGGAUAUUAUGUUUAUUAUAGACAUUCUAAUAAACUUCAGAACAACCUAUGUAAAUCAGAAUGAAGAAGUGGUAAGUGAUCCUGCCAAAAUAGCAAUACACUACUUCAAAGGCUGGUUCCUGAUUGACAUGGUUGCAGCCAUCCCUUUUGACUUGCUGAUUUUUGGAUCAGGUUCUGAUGAGACAACAACAUUAAUUGGUCUUUUGAAGACUGCGCGUCUCCUUCGACUUGUGCGCGUAGCCAGGAAACUGGAUCGAUACUCAGAAUAUGGCGCAGCUGUUCUAAUGCUCUUAAUGUGCAUAUUUGCCCUGAUUGCCCACUGGCUGGCUUGCAUCUGGUAUGCGAUUGGGAAUGUAGAGAGGCCCUAUCUGACUGACAAAAUUGGAUGGUUGGAUUCCUUAGGACAACAAAUUGGGAAACGUUACAAUGACAGUGACUCAAGUUCUGGACCGUCCAUUAAAGACAAAUACGUCACGGCACUUUAUUUUACCUUCAGCAGUUUAACCAGUGUAGGAUUUGGAAAUGUGUCUCCUAACACCAAUUCGGAGAAAAUCUUUUCCAUUUGUGUCAUGUUGAUUGGCUCGCUCAUGUAUGCCAGCAUUUUUGGGAACGUUUCUGCGAUCAUUCAAAGACUGUACUCGGGAACUGCCAGGUACCACAUGCAAAUGCUGAGAGUGAAGGAGUUCAUUCGCUUCCACCAAAUCCCCAACCCGCUGAGGCAACGGCUUGAAGAGUAUUUCCAGCACGCGUGGACUUACACCAACGGCAUUGACAUGAACAUGGUCUUAAAGGGAUUUCCAGAAUGUUUACAAGCUGACAUUUGCCUGCAUCUAAACCAGACUUUACUGCAAACCUGCAAAGCCUUUCGAGGAGCAAGUAAAGGCUGCCUUAGAGCUUUGGCAAUGAAGUUCAAAACCACCCACGCCCCUCCAGGGGACACCCUGGUUCACUGUGGGGAUGUUCUAACUGCACUGUACUUCUUAUCGAGGGGCUCCAUCGAAAUCCUCAAGGAUGACAUAGUGGUAGCUAUUCUUGGAAAAAAUGAUAUCUUUGGGGAAAUGGUUCAUCUUUAUGCCAAGCCUGGCAAGUCGAAUGCAGAUGUGAGAGCACUCACAUACUGUGACCUGCAUAAGAUCCAGCGAGAAGACUUACUGGAGGUCUUGGAUAUGUAUCCAGAGUUUUCUGACCACUUUCUAACUAAUCUAGAACUGACCUUUAACCUGAGACACGAGAGUGCAAAGUCCCAAUCCAUAAAUGACUCAGAAGGGGACACCUGUAAACUACGAAGAAGGAGAUUGUCCUUUGAAAGUGAAGGCGAAAAAGAUUUUAGCAAAGAAAACAGCACAAAUGAUCCUGACGACUCUACUGACACAAUAAGACGUUAUCAGAUUUCCAAGAAGCAGUUUGAAGAGAGGAAAAGCAGAUCAUCAUCAUUCAUCUCCUCCAUCGAUGAUGAACAAAAGCCACUCUUCUCGGGAACAAUAGAUUCUACACCAAGAAAGGUGAAAGCAACCAGACUCCACGGUGAAGAAACAAUGCCCCCCUCAGGAAGAAUUCACACAGAUAAAAGAAGUCAGUCUUGCAAAGAUAUCACUGAUACACGCAGCUGGGAAAGAGAGCCUGCCCGGGCUCAACCUGAAGAAUGCAGUCCCUCGGGACUUCAGAGAGCUGCCUGGGGGAUCUCUGAGACGGAAAGCGACCUCACCUAUGGGGAAGUGGAGCAAAGGUUAGACCUACUUCAAGAGCAACUUAACAGACUUGAAUCCCAAAUGACCACAGACAUCCAGACCAUCUUACAGCUCCUGCAGAAACAAACCGCAGUGGUCCCUCCAGCCUACAGCAUGGUGACUGCAGGAGCCGAGUAUCAGAGACCUGUCCUCCGUCUGCUGAGGUCCAGUCACCCCAGAGCAUCCAUUAAGACUGACCGGAGUUUCAGCCCCUCCUCCCAAAGUCCUGAAUUUCUAGACCUUGAAAAAUCCAAACUCAAAUCCAAAGAAUCCCUCUCAAGCGGAAGACAUCUGAACACAGCCUCAGAAGACAACUUGACUUCACUUUUAAAACAAGACAGUGAUGCAUCUUUAGAGCUUCACCCACGGCAAAGAAAAACUUACCUUCAUCCCAUCCGGCACCCAUCUCUGCCAGAUUCUUCCCUAAGCACUGUAGGGAUCUUGGGUCUCCAUAGGCAUGUUUCUGAUCCUGGUCUACCAGGAAAGUAAUCAUUUUGUACUAUUUCCUCCACAUCCAAUGUAAGUGCUUUUAAUGGCUGUUUUCCUUUUUGUAUUUAAAUCCUCUCUACUUGACUCAGGGGCUCACAAGGUACCAUUAUAUGCAAAAGUACUGUAUAUUUUUCCUAAAUUGAAGCUUGUAAGGUAAAGUUGAGCAGUUAGGAUGUAAAUAUACAUAAAGCUUUUGUUUCCAAAUGUUCAAACUGCCAGCAUCUCAAGGCACCUUAUUUUUUAAUUUUAUUUUUUAAAUCAUGUGCAUGUUAGGAAACUCCAGUUUCUCUUGCAUGGAGACUCCUAUUUACCGCUUUUACUGAAUCAGUGCUUGAAUAUGAAAAAGCCUUCCGAGCAAACAAGAAACCGAGGAAUGAAAGUGUUCAUGAACAUAACUCAGAUGAUCCUCAACUUAGGGGAGUUGGGGGGUGGAUAAAGGGAAGUUAGUCACUUUGGAGAACAGAUUUCCUUCUGUACUGACAUGUUUAUAGUUACUUACCUUCAUUUCCUAUAAUAAUUUAAAAGACAUGAAGUUUGAGUUAUACAUAUCAGUCAGAAAGGGAGCUAAAUCCAAAAGUACCAAAGGAUAUAGUUCUUUCUUAAUAAAUGUGUAGAACUUCAGAUCACAUGGAAGAAAAACCAUGUGAGUUUCAAAAGGAACUCAGGCCCUAGUUUCACGUCCCAUGUUAUAUAAGACCUUCAACAAGAGCUACUCAUUUUGGAGAGGUGACAGGACAAAGAUGUGCCAGGCUUCCACUGUUGAGGAAACUGUGGGAAGCAGUUGCCUGCUCCCAGCUUUCUCUGGGCGGGUGAGCAAUCUGCCCAUAAGGAGUCUCUAUACCCUGCUUUUAGGCAGGCAAGUGGGAGGAGAACAGAGAGACCUUUGUGAAUUCCUGCCCUGUUUUCUGACAGAUUGAGGAGUCACAAUGCUUCCCCGAGCAUGUCUUCAGCUAAACAACUAUGAAUAUAGGACAACAUCAGUAUGAGAAUAAAAUGAUCUCUCUAGUAAAUUCUUUAGUAGUUUCAUUCACAAGCUACCUAAAAUUUUUACAGUAGUGCAUUUUUCUGAAGUCUUAAAAUGAAGAUUAUUUUGUAUGUUGGCAGUGGCUCUUAACAUGCCACCUAUAAAAAGGACAUCCACAAUUUUUUCAGAUUUAUAUAUGAGAGCGAUCUUGCAUUUGAUUAAAUAGUACAUACCCACAUUUUUAAAAAUAUGCCGUAGGCAAAAGACCAGUAAAGUCAACAAAAGUAUAAUAAUUAGAAUAGGCUUCCCAAAUCAUUUGAUAUGGUACAGAUACAAAUGUGGACUACUGGCCACUUUCAUUCACUCAUUCAGCAAACAUUCGAACAAGGUGCCACACAAUGGAGAGUCACGCAAGUAGCCAAUGAGCUAGAUGUGGAUUUAGGGAUCUUCUCAUAUUGGGGCACAUUCUGCAGCUGCAACACAUAUCCUAAGGACUGUUCUCCCCCAGCUCCACAAGCAUUCAGCAUAAACUCACUAGUGAUUGCUCGUUUGUAAGGAGAGAGGAUUUGGCAGGUAAGGAACUGAGGUCUGAUUGUUUGAUCUGACUAGCAAAUGCUUCAGCUGUAGCAUUUGUUAUGACAUGCCUGCAAUUUGGCCUAUUGGAAGCCUCUAUUUAUAUUCCUUUAUCAAAACUGGGCAUGCGGGAAAGGGAAGAUAAGGAGUGGUAUAGAAGCAUCCAGCUAGUUUAAAUUCUAGCACAAUCCAAACUCCUUCCCUCCUUAAUUCCUCCACAUAAAAUAAUUGUGUGCUGUUUAAAUUGUAAGUCUGAAAGGGUUGUGUAGGAACAUAAUGGGACCUUUUUAUCCUAUGGUAUAUUCGUUUUAAAAGUGCCCAAGCAACAUAAACAUACACAGUCAUAAAUGUCAGGUGAAUAGUUUAACUGAUAUAUGAAUAAGAAAAUCAAUCAUCUUGAUGUACAGUGUGCAUCCCCUUGUCCCAGCCUAAAAAUAACUUUAAAAUAGCAUUACCCUACCUAUCACUUCUAGCAAAAGCAACCUGACACCUCCAACUUGGGGUCCUGCCUAAGGCCAUGUCCCACUACUACACCAGCCAAAAAGCAGUCCAACAAGUCCCGUAGAGGGACUUAGAAGUACAGACAUAACACCUUUCGGGUUUAACAUAAAAUUAUCAUCUAGUCCCAUGUUCUUUAAAAAAAAAAACAAAAAAAACCAAACAAAACAACAACAACAACAACAAAAACCCGCUGUCUUGAAGUUGAUUUGGCUGAGCUGCUCUCCUACAGCUAUUAACUGCUGGUCAGAGAAUUGCCUCUCAGACUCAUCACUUUAUCCCAGUGGUGAGUCCCAUACUUUAAUUAGCUGAUGAGAAAACCAGGGAUAAAAAAUACAGAAGUGAUCUUUUUAAUAUAAUAAUCACUAAUUCAACAAACAGGGCAAAGCAGGGAGCCAAUUUGAGACAAUGUAAAUUUCAAGUCCAUUAUAAUGGACUGGCCAUCAGAAUUAAGUUUUCUACUCUAGUCAGGUAUAGUGACAUUGGGAAUCAGGGUUAAUAUGUGCAUAUUAGAACUCAAGGUUGUAUGGACUUGAACUUGUACAAUGACUCUAAAAUACCUAAGAGAAAAAACAUUUAUAUCCAAAUGUCAUUUUCAAAUCACAACUUACACAUUAUACGUAAUGAUAAAAAUGUAUCACCUCCUCAGUAUAUAAAAAAGUAACUAAUAAUAAAUAAUAUGUUUUAUAGUCAGGAAAAAAUCAAUUCAGUAAAUUAAUCAAUUAGAAAUGAACUAUAACUCUGGCUGUAAUUUAAUAUAAGGGGCUCUAUAUUGUUUAUUUAUGGAUAAAACAAAACCAAAAAACAUGUUCUCAAUGUGUUAAUUGGCUUCUUACUCAAUGUUAAAAACCUUUAGAUAAAAAAAAGAAAAUUGAGUUGAUUUCUCAUUUUUAAUCACUGUUUUGUAGUAACAUAAACAUGUCAAUACUGUACAUUCAAAGAGGCGCUUGGAGAACAGGUUGCUGUGGAGUGGUCUUAAGCUGUUGUCCUGAAGUUAGCAGUGCUCAGAUCACCUAAAAACUCAGAAACAAAUGGUCCUGAGUCUCAUGCCAGAUCUACUAAAUUAGAAACAGGAAGGCUGGGACCAAGCACUGAUCCUUCAAGGAGCUCUCCUUAAUGGGUCUGUAUGCAUACUAAAACACAGAGGUCCAAAAAGUAUGUUCUGUAGUCAGGCCAACUCAAUCCUAACAGUAACUCUUACUCACAUGCUAUGUCAUGCUGAGUGAAUUACCUUCUGUGAGCUUUCUCUUGAAUCUUUAAAAAUGAGAUUAUAGUCCUUGCCUCACUAAAGUUUGGGAGAAACAAAAUCAAAUAAAAAAAAAUUGUGCCUGGCACAAAGUAGGUGCUUUAAAAAAAAAUCAUAAAAUGUACCCCCAACCCCCUGCCAGGAACAUGACAUUAAAAACAAUUAGGAAGAAAAAAAAAUUUUCUUUUGAACAAGUGCUAAGUAACUAAACGGCUGCUUCCAAGACCGAAGUUUUUGAUUCUGGAAAACUUAAGUGUAGCUGCAAUCUUUCCCUUAAUUUUGUGCUCUUAGCUCGAUGGCUUUCAAGUAAUAAUAUUGAGAAUAUUGGUGGUGAGGAUGUGACUCCCUCUGUUGCUCUGAAUUAGUGUUAAAUUCUGUAAGGUGAAUUUCUGUAAAGGUGGAUUCUAUAAAAGCUAGUGCACUGUUCAGUGUCUCCUUGGACAUGAUAGAGUUCCCAGAUGGGUAUUUGAAACUAUUUACAAAAUAUAAUUCAAUUUUGAAAGUAAAAACACAAUUGCUGUUUUUACAAACCCCAGAACUUCACAGGGGUAAGGGCACUUUUCAGGCACCCAACCCCUUUCUCUCACCACACACAUGCAUCCAGUAGAUCACAGACACCCGAGUCCUCAGUGUGGAAUGCUGAAAAUGGCAGAAAGUCUUGGUGUGGUAAAGCUGAAAUCAAAUCCUACCCAUUCCAUUUAUGGGUGAGGAAAGAAGUCCAAAGUGAUCCUCAGUAUCCAAAAUCAUGUAAGCACAAGUGAUUUUUUGGAAUAGCUCUCUAAAAUGUCCACGUGGAAAUGUGCAGAAGCCAUGCUCCAGGUAAAGAAGCAAAUCUGCCCUGUAGUUUGCACAUCACCACAAAGCAGUGUUCAGGAAUGGCAUAAUGACACUGAUGGUUAUGUGAAAACGUGUUUUAUCAUUUUUUUUUUUCUCCACGCAACUGACACUCAAUAUGUAACAGAAUUCCACAAAGUGGUUUCAUGCCCCCGCCAAUGAUGAGGUUGUUAACAGGAGACAGUAUUUAUGUUAGGGCCAUCUCUUCUGCAUUAGCACCCAGGUGUUCAGCCAACACCUGUAGAGUGAUGCAUCCACAAUACAGAUGUUUUCUCGGUUUGAGAUCUUUGCCCCUUCUCUGCCUGAUUCCUCAAAUGUUCUCUUUCAGAUCUGUUUACUUGUGUCUCUUCUUAAAGUGGUGUUGUUAGCCUUUUAAAAACUAAUGGGAUAUAUUUCCAAUGCUUCAUAAAAUAUUGGGCACCAUGACUGAGCAAGGUCCACCCAUACUUAGGAUGUCAUUAUAGAGACUGUAAUGUAUUUUGGUAAAAUACACUGUUUUAAUGACCAGUACAGAAAACCAAAAUUCAUAGAAGACACAGACUGACAUUUGACAGCAAGAAAAGAAACUAUCACAAAGAUUAUUUUGUUGACUAGUACAUGAAGGUUGAGAAAUGACUAAUCGGAAGUUAUUUUAAACUACCAUGUUAUAACUAUAAAUGAAUAUAAAUGUAUUCAAAACUAUAUACUUAGUUGACCCGGUCCAUCGCUUUACCAGCCAUAAUCAAACUUUUAAACAUGCACAGCAAGAACUAUUGCAACUGUGCUCCCAAUUAAAUCUUUUUAUUAUGAGACGUAGAAAUGUGAACAUGGCUAUUCUUUUUAAAUUAAUGCCAAAAUUUAUAUUAAUUCCUGAACUGUAUUCAUGUCAUCUGUGAUUCCCAUUAGUUAACAUAUUUUGAAAGAUGUGAAAUAAUUUGGGGCACCUGUGAUUUCAAAGCUUUGUAUGUUUAACUCACGUUUUUUGGACUUCUGGUAUGUUAUGAUGCAAUUUAAAAACUCAUAAUUGUGAGUAACCACAACUGUGAGCAUUUUAACUGUAUCAGUUUUUAUUUUUAUUUAUAUUAUAUGUGAAUGCAUAAGAAAAGUCCACACCACAUUCCUUAUCCCUAAUUAGAAGGAAAACUGAAGGAUCAGUCAAGUUGUGAUGAGCUCUUCCCACAAUCUCCUCAAAGGCUUACAGAGUUACAGUAGCAUCGAAAUGGCAUUGCGCCCUUCUCCCAGUGGCACAAAACACAACGACAAUAUCAAAGAAUCUCUACUUUACUCCUGGGCUCCUACUGAUUUUAAUGAAAGGCACAUGGCCUCUUUAUAGCCGAAAUUUUCAUUUCAUAAUUCUGAUGAGAAAAUAUAUUAUCCCAGAAGGCUUGCCAGUCAAUGAAUAACGUAUUUCAGAAAAGAAUGUGUGUGAUCACUUGAAAAUCUCAGUCAUCUGAUAUCUGGAAGCUCACUCACACCCUGUUACACAGAACUCUGGAAUGCUUUCAACUAAAUGAAACAAUCCACCCAACACAUACUACUUCAUAGUCUUUAUGCACAUAAUGUAGCAUGGAAUCACAACGCUUUUGAAAUAUUCUGUGCAGAAAUAUUUAUUUUUUAGCCAAUAUUUUCCUCAAAGAUUGGUAUGUGGUGUUGACAGUGUAAUCUAUUUGCACAGCUAGUUUUGCAAUAACCUUCUACAAAUAACUGUACAUAAGAAAAAUGUAAAUUUCAUGUAAAAAAUGGUUGCAAAAUUUUGGUAGCUGAAAGAACUAUACAAGUUGUAUUGAAAAUAUAGUAUAUAUAACCUAAUUUAAGAAUGAAACCUAAUUUCUCAUCUAUUUAUACAUGAAAAACUCAAGAAUUUGUAAAAGAAUUUAUUUUGGGGGAAAAGAAAGUAAAUCUUAUUAGCUAGCUAGUGUACUUUUAAUAGCAAAGCCAACAAAUUCCAAUGUUUUAUUAAGUCCAGUACUAGAUAUAGGCAUGGUGGUGCUGAUCAAUUUGAAAUUCACGUCAUUGUAACAGUGCUAUGGUUUUACCGAGUUCCAGUAGACCACCAGCAACCUGGGCCGAGAGCAUUAAAUCUGAAUUUAAAGGACUCAAAUACAUUUUACUUUGCCCCAACAGAACCAUGGCAGUAAAUGGCUGAAAUGUUUAUUGUUCACUACAAUUUUCUGAAGGAUAAAUGGCCUUUAACGUACAUUCAAAAUAGCUCAUUCUUAAUGAGAGCUUGGCUCAUCUUUUCAUUCAAGAAUGGAAGUAUGCAGCUAUUAUUUCCUCUUGAGGAAGUUUCAGACAGGAUUAAUUUCUCCCCUGGUUGCUUGGGUGUCACGUAAGCCAAUUCCCACUAUCUUCAAAGACACUUUUCAACAAGAGUUGUCGGCGCUGACACAGCAUGCACUAAGGGUGGCGCUGUCUGUGCGGUGACACAGAUGCCUCAUGCUUCCUUUUUAAGAUUUAAGAAGCCAAGGGCAUACGGCCCCAUGCGAUAAAUGUAAAACCAAAGUUAUUACAGACAGCAGGAAAUAUUACAUCGCCCUCUGUAAGUGAAACUGAUAGUGAGAUCAGAGUCAAAGUAUAGAUGGCAAAAUACCUGGCAACGUUCCAUAGCAUAUUAUCUCUUACCUUAAGACAUACUUGAGGGUCCUGUAUUUACACAACUGUAAGAAAUUAAAUAUGCAUUUAAAAGUCCAGUAAAUCCUAAAGUCAUUUUAAAUGACCUAUAAUUUACAAAAUAACGAGUCUUUAAUUAGUAUAUUUCUAGAACACUGUUCAGGUUAUCUUUUGCAAUUUCAGUAAUCACAGAAAAAUAAGACAACUAAAUAAACAAUACAGACAAUUAAGUCAAAAUGGUUAUAUGCAUGUGUCUAUAUAUUUAGAUGUUUAUGCUUAGAGAAAAGGUUAAACUCCAACCCCCAAUACAUCAGAAUUGGAAAUCUACAAUACCUGGUUUACACAUCUCUCCAUAUAGCUAUUAAAUGAUGUUCUGAAACUUCUUGAUGUUAAUGAAAGGGCAUACCUGACAACAAGACCAGCACAUGGGCAAAACCCCUGUCUGUAUAUUUUCUAAUUGUGGUGCAUGGUGGUGAGGCAGAAGCACUCUGUAUGUCUACUCACUGUAGGGUCGGACUGGUAGAAGCAAGCCUGGGUUUUAACUAACUGCACUACGUAUUAUGAAGCUACUUGGAUAAAAGGAAUAAUAAGAACAUAUGCUCUUUCCAUUGUAAGAUGGGAAAAAUUCUUUAAAACUAAGUAGAAGGGAACACACAAGAAGGAUUCAAAGCAUGGGUUUCCUAGCAUUCAAAUGAUGAACAGGUCUUGAGUCUGAAGGGUUCCCCGAGUUCUCCAAAUGUUUUGCUGGAAAGUUUCCUUCUCAGUGUUCUAAAUUACAAGGAAAUUUUAAUUUAGUAUAUGGAGAGAUGUCUUGAUCUUGGUCUAAAUGAGAAAUGUUAAGACCUGUAUUCCUUUAAUACUGUCUGCAUUCACCACCUCACAGACAUUCUAAACAUUUGCAUUUGUAACCUCCAAUAAUACACAAUACUCUCCAGACAUAUUUUAGAUGAUACCUUAGCCUUCCAUAGGCAUUUAUAUGAGGAAGCUUAGCCCACUACAUAAAUGGUUACAUUAAAAAAACAAACGGAAUUUUUUCAAGCAAGCACCAAAGUAAUAAAAGAGCCACGGUUGUGCUUUACACUUUUAAGCAAAGGAAGUGCUAACUGAAAGGGGUCUGGGAUUCUGAGCAAUGGGUUCAACUUAGAGAUUUUCAAAAACAUACCCCUAUCAAAUUUACAGAAAGCUGUUAACAGGACAAAACAUAUCCACUUUAGUUUGUCAAAGAUAAAGGACAUUAAAAAAAAGCACAUUUCUCAUAAAUAGUAUUUAUUUUGUUUGUCCAAUUAGUAAUAUCAUAAGAGUACAAGUGAACUUGAUUUGUAUAUUUUAAUUAAAGAAAUAUAUCACAAAUUGAUUUUGUUAUUUUUUUAAUUGCACAGAGUUUAAACUACCUUGAUAAAUUCUACUUUCUUCCAAGGUAAAUGUCUUUUCUGGAAAUAAAUAUAUAACUUGAAUAUAUAUUUGUUACUUUCUUUUUCUGAUGCAUGCCUCAAAUAGGUUAAUGAGCACAGUCCUUAAAAUACGUUUAAAGUGGACCAAAUCAAGAUUCCCAUAGUAUUGAUUUUCCCUUGAUGUAAUUUAAAAUGUGUAAACUGCCACUCAGACUAGAAGUACACCUGACAUUUAAUCAUUUGGCAAUCUUUGAGAUAACAGCUGAAUUAAUUAAUGCACUGUUGUUUGAACCGAUGCAUCUCAUCACAGUAUAUAUGUAACAAAUUUUGUAUGAUACAAAACUUUACAGCAAGCUAUUUGAAUGUUUAUUAAAAAAUUCUCACAAUGACAUGGAAACAUGUUUACUGUAUAAAUAAAAGCACUUAUACAUCAA